AUGGCUCCCAGCACCAUAAAAAAAGCAAUCGGAGCCGUCAAAGACCAAACCAGCAUCGGCAUAGCCAAAGUCGCCGGCAACGUAGCGCCUGACCUCGAAGUUUUGAUCGUCAAGGCCACUAGUCACGACGACGAUCCCGCCGACGAGAAGUACUUGAGGGAGAUCCUCAACCUCACCUCUUAUUCCAGAGGAUACGUGAGUGCCUGCGUUGUCACCAUCGCCAAGCGCCUCGGCAAGACUCGGGAUUGGAUGGUGGCGCUCAAGGCGUUGAUGCUCGUUCACAGGCUUGUAUCCGAUGGAGAUCCAAUCUUCAAGGAGGAGAUCGUCUACGCCACGCGAAGAGGUGCUAGGCUCUUGAAUAUGUCUGAUUUUCGCGAUGAGGCGCACUCGAAUUCGUGGGAUUAUUCGGGGUUUGUGAGGACUUAUGGCUUGUAUCUUGAUGAGAAGCUUGAGUUUAUGGUGUAUGAGAAAAAAUUGAGUCCCGGUGGUGACGACGACCGACGACGACGUGAUGAGUAUGGAGAUUAUAGAGAUGAGCCCAUGUAUGGAAUGCCGCGGAGAUCUAGAUCGUACGGGGAUUUGAAUGAAUCUGCUGUGAGGGAGCAGAAGGAUGUGGGGACGCCAGUAAAAGACAUGAAGACAGAGAGAGUUUUGGGGAAAUUGAAUGGUUUGAUGCGGAUUGUUGAUCGCUUUUUGGCUUGUCGUCCCACCGGUGUGGCAAAAAAUAGUAGGAUGGUACUCGUUGCGCUUUACCAGAUUGUGAAGGAGAGUUUUGGGCUAUAUGCUGAUAUAUCCGAGGCAUUGGCGGUGCUGCAGGAUCGGUUUUUUGAAAUGGAGUAUGCAGAUUGUGUUAAGGUUUUUGAUGCACAUGUGGGUGCUGCGAAGCUGAUUGAUGAACUCGUGGGGUUCUAUAAUUGGUGUAGGGAUACUGGGGUGGCGAGGUCUUCAGAGUACCCGGAGGUGCAUAGAAUUACGGACAAGGUUUUGGGGUCAAUGGAUGGAUUUUUGAAAGACAAGGGGAAGUCAUCCAAAAGUCCUGAGAGGAGGGAGGAGAACCCACCAAUAGUUGAGGAGCGGGAACCAGAUAUGAAUGAGAUAAAGGCUCUUCCUCCGCCUGAGAAUUACAGUCCACCUCCACCCCCACCCCCACCCCCAUCUGAGCCACAACCCAAGCCACAGCCUCAACAGCAGACGGAAGACUUGGUGAAUUUAAGGGAUGAUGCAGUGUCUGCUGAUGAUCAAGGCAACAAAUUGGCGUUAGCCUUGUUCUCAGGGCCUCCAACUUCUAACAAUAAUGGAUCAUGGGAAGCAUUCCCAUCUAAUGGAGGGCCGGAGGUAACAUCUGCAUGGCAGACACCCGCCGCUGAGAGUGGUAAAGCAGAUUGGGAACUGGCUUUGGUUGAGACUGCUAGUAAUUUAUCAAAGCAGAAAAAUGCUAUGGCAGGUGGCUUUGAUCCAUUGCUGUUGAAUGGCAUGUACGAUCAGGGAGCAGUGAGGCAACAUGUGAGCACUGCUCAGCUGACCGGGGGAAGUGCAAGCAGUGUGGCACUCCCUGGACAGGGCAAGAAUGCUACACCAGUUCUAGCACUGCCUGCACCGGAUGGGACUGUCCAAGCAGUGGGUCAUCAGGAUCCAUUUGCAGCAUCGCUUGCAGUGCCACCUCCUUCAUAUGUGCAGAUAGCUGACAUGGAAAAGAAGCAGCACCUGCUUGUGCAGGAACAGCAAGUUUGGCAGCAGUAUGGAAGGGAGGGGAUGCAAGGCCAAGUGGGUUUGGCCAAGAUUGGUGGGCCUGGUUACUAUAGCGCAGCUGCUCCACAGCAAAUGAUGCAAAUGAUGCCUUAUGGGAUGCCACCAACCAAUGGCAUGGUGCAGCCAGGAGGGUACCAGUACACACCUUACUGAAUUGGCUUUGACAAGGAACUGCUUUUAUUCAUGCUACAAUGCACAUAAGUAUGUAUAUCAUACAUCAUAAUUUUUUCUGUUGAUUGCCAUUGUUAUUAGUAUGCAUCUGACCGGAAUGAACAGAGUCACAGGAGUUUGAGAAUACAUAAAAGAUACUAUACUAUGCACAAUGGAGAUUUGAUAUUUUUUUUCUUUGUGGUUUGAAAUCUCAUUCUGUAAUUGUCAUUCAGAAAGAUGUUGGAUGUUCAGCCGCUUCUAGAAGCUGGAUUUAUUUUAUGUAAUUGAUGGAAAAGAAAAAAAAGUCCCGUUGAAACCUU